AUGGCUUCCAAGUCUUUCGCACGAACUCUUCGCGCUGCUUCCAAGCAAAAAGUCCCUUCGGGCACCUUCCAACGCAGCUUCUCCUCCGCACUGGCUGCUCGACCAGCUGUUGCUGCCCAGCCCAAAGCUGCGCUCGCUGCGCCCGUGCAACAGCAGUCUCGUGGCAUCAAGACCAUUGAUUUCGCCGGGACCAAGGAGACUGUCUAUGAACGUGAGGACUGGCCCAGAGAGAAGCUCCACGAAUACUUCAAGAACGAUACCCUUGCCCUCAUUGGCUACGGCUCCCAGGGCCACGGCCAGGGCUUGAAUCUCCGUGACAACGGUCUCAAUGUUAUCGUCGGUGUCCGAAAGAAUGGUGCUUCGUGGAAGGAGGCCGAGCAAGAUGGCUGGAUCCCCGGCAAGAACCUCUUCGAGGUCGACGAGGCUAUCUCCAAGGGUUCCAUUAUUAUGAACCUACUCAGUGAUGCCGCUCAAUCUGAGACCUGGCCUGCCAUCAAGCCGCAGCUCACCAAGGGAAAGACCCUCUACUUCUCCCACGGCUUCUCUCCCGUCUUCAAGAACCUGACCAAGGUCGACGUCCCCACAGAUAUCGAUGUCAUCCUGGUCGCUCCCAAAGGCUCUGGCCGGACCGUCCGCUCCCUGUUCCGUGAGGGCCGCGGCAUUAACUCAUCUGUCGCUGUUUUCCAGGACGUUACUGGCAAGGCCGAGGAGAAGGCUGUUGCGCUGGGUGUCGCCGUUGGCUCCGGUUACCUCUACAAGACCACCUUCGAGAAGGAGGUCUUCUCUGACCUCUACGGUGAGCGUGGCUGCCUGAUGGGCGGUAUCCACGGCAUGUUCCUCGCUCAGUACGAGGUUCUCCGCGAGCGCGGCCACUCCCCAUCUGAGGCCUUCAACGAGACUGUCGAGGAGGCUACUCAGUCGCUGUACCCUCUCAUUGGUGCCAACGGCAUGGACUGGAUGUAUGCUGCCUGCUCGACCACCGCCCGCCGCGGCGCCAUCGACUGGUCCAGCAAGUUCAAGGACACCCUCAAGCCUGUAUUCAAUGAGCUGUACGACAGCGUGAAGGAUGGCAGUGAGACUCAGCGCAGCUUGGACUACAACAGCCAGCCCAACUACCGUGAGCUGUACGAGAAGGAGAUGCAGGAGAUUCGUGACCUUGAGAUCUGGCGCGCGGGCAAAGCCGUCCGGUACGUUAUUCUUCACGCUUCAAUCGUUACGAGAACUAUGCUAACUUUGCCCACAGCUCCCUCCGCCCCGAGAACAACUAAAUAA